AGGGUAGCAUUAUAUAUAUAUAUAUAUAGAUUAAUAGGGUUAAAAGGAAUGGAGAGAGAGAGAGCUAGGGUUCGAGACAGGUUUUCGACAGUCAGGGAUAGCAGCAGUGGUUUCCGACGGCGGCUCCCAAGAUACGGUAAGCACUUCAUUGGGCAGGCGACAACAUACUUUUUCUAUGAUUUUCUGGUGAAUCAUUCUGCUAAGGAUUUGUGGUAUAGUUUUUGGUCUUUUGGGAAAGUAGCAGAUGUUUAUAUUAUAGAAAGGAGAGACCGGAGAGGGCGUCGUUUUGGAUUUGUUCGGAUGUCUGAGGCAUCUGAUGAAGGGGAGUCGUUGAACCAUGUAUUGGAGAAGAAAGUGGCUGGGUUAGAAACAAAGGGUGCAAUGUCGAAAGGGUUGGCAGUGAUACCAGUGUCAAUACCUGAUCAGGCUUCAACGUCAACAGCGAAUGAUGCCAAUACUUAUGUGUCGAAGGAGGUGGUUCUGCAGUUUUCUCCCAGGGAGGAUGAAGUUGCAUGGUUGAGGCAAAGUAGAGUGGCACUGACUAUCACUCCAAUGGUGGAUGGAAAGUCUUUUCUGAUCAAGGUAUCAAAGGAGGAGUGGCGUAUGGAUCCGGACUGGUGGCUGGUCGGUGAACGGAAGAGUUCAGGUACGAGUUUGGACGUGUCCGACAUGGAGUCCGAUAAUUCCGAUGACCGUUACAGUGAAGGUGAUGAUAGAGCAGUUAUGGCCGAAGAUUGUGCAAAAACGGAAGCAGAAUCAGAGUUGAGUUUAAAACAGAAUGUUGUUCAAAAUUUUGAAUUAAGUGGGCUAGAGAUGGAUGGGCUGGGUAAUGUGGGCUCGGUUGGGCCAAAGGAUUGUGAGGUAGAGGAGCUGGGUGUAGAAAAUGGGUCUCAUGAGGGGCUUAUGCCUGCUGGAGCGCAACAGAAAGGAGUAGCUAUGUUGGUCAAAAAAUGUAAGAAAUUGGGGGACAUUUAUGCCGGGGAUGGGGUAGCGGAGGAAACGAGGGAGACGGGGCUGUAGUGGGUGACGGCAAGAACCAUAUGCAAGAAGGAAAGAAGGGAAACAACAAGACAAUUGGAGCAGGGGACGGAAUCACAGAAAACUUAUCUUUCUUUGUCCGAUGGUUGUAUUCAAAAUCGCAAUAAUCUGAUCCGGUAGCA